AUGUUCCUCCUUCUCUCGUUGUGUGUGUGUGGUCUCCUGCUGCGAGGGGACGCACAGGACCGAGCUGCUCUGUGGAGAGGGAACGACCGGAGUGGACGAUGCCAGUACACCUUCACGGUCCCCAGCCCCGCAGAGGCCAGCUGCCCGCAGACCGGAGGCCCCGAGGUGGAGGGCCUGAAGGCUAGACUCAGCCUGCUGGAGGUGCUGGUGUCCCGCCUCACUGGAGGGGACACUGUGACCACCCAAGGGACCGGAGCAAGAGCUCAGCCUGGGCUUCAGGAGGCGCUGAACAGGGUCACGGGGGAGAGGAACCUGCUGCAGGGGGAGAAACGGCGUCUGGAGCAGGAGCUGGAGGGGCUUCAGCGCAGGAUGGAGGAGAUGAGGAGGGAGACGGAGAGGCUGAGGAACAGACCCUGUCCUCCACAGGCCCCCGUGGUUCAACCUAACCCCUCUCUGCAGGACAGUGGCCUGAUGAGACCUGCUGGGGGUUCCAGUCAGAUGUCGCACCUGGUGAACAGGCCCGACAGGCAGGGAGACAGCAGCAGUUUGAGAGACUCAGCAUGGCAGUACGGACCCCCGGGCUUCCAGGAGCUGAAGGCUGAGGUGACAGAGGUACCUGCUCCUGAUGGAUCUGAGGACAACACAGGUUGUGGGGAGUUAGUUUCAGUUGGCGAGCCGGUCACUCACAGGAAGGCCGACAGCAUAGCAGGUAAAUACGGGGUUUGGAUGCAGGACCCUGAGGCCGUCUCCCCCUACGGACCCAACAUGGUCUGGCGCAUCGACACCAUUGGCUCAGACGUCAGGCAGCUGUUUGGCUAUGAAGACAUGGAGCAACUCUCUAAAGGCUUCCCGUCAAAGGUCCUGGUGCUGCCGGAGCUGGUGGAGAGCACCGGGGCCACUCUGUAUCGAGGCUCUCUGUAUUAUCAGAGGCGCCGUAGCCGCUCCCUCAUCCGCUUCGACCUGGCCUCCGAGACCAUCGCAGCCCGCCGUGAUCUCCCCCACGCCGGCUUCCACGGCCAGUUCCCGUACUCCUGGGGCGGCUACACGGACAUCGACCUCUCCGUGGACGAGAGCGGGCUGUGGGCCGUCUACUCCACCACCAAGGCCAAAGGAGCCAUCGUGAUCUCACAGCUGGACCCGCACAACCUGGAGGUGAAGAGGAGCUGGGAGACGAACAUCAGGAAGAACACGGUCGCCAACUCCUUCAUCAUCUGCGGCAGGAUGUACACGGUGGCCAGCUACACGGCGCCCGACACCCUCAUCAACUUUGUGUACGACACUGAAACCGGCCAGGGGAAGUCCGUGUCCAUCCCCUUCAGGAACAAGUACCGCUACAACAGCAUGAUCGACUAUAACCUGGCUCAGAGGAAGCUGUUCGCCUGGGACAACUUCCACAUGGUGUCCUAUGACGUCAGGCUGGGCCGCCAGCAGGCCAACUGAGGACGCCACACGUGACUGUUAAAAAAGCUCACCUGUUCCUGCUUCCAGGAGCUUUAAUGUGUGUGGUAGUAGUAGUUAUGAAGCCAUCAGUAUCACCAUGUAGAACAGCUGUUCUCAACCUUGGGGUCGGGACCCCAAUUAGGGUCGUAAGAUGAUUUCUGGGGGUCGCCAAAUCAUU